GGGGCUGCAGGGGUCUGGCCCCGGCUGGCGGCUGAGCCCGAGCCUCUCUCCGCGCUGCGGGGGGGCUUGUGUCCCGCGGCUUUCCCCGCCCCCUCUCUAGCCCGGGGCCGGGCCCCCUCCCGCGCCAACCCGCCUCGUCUCCCGGGCCGGCGGCGGCGGCGCCCGGGAGAUGGAGGAGGCUACAGCUGGGGGAGGAGAGGCGCGGGGGAGGCGGCUCCCGGCGGGGGCGGGCGAGCCGAGGGAUGACAGGGGGAGCGGAGCGGGAGGAGGCGAGGGCAUGUGGGACCAGCUGCUGGACGGGCUCCGCAGCCGGGAUCCGAGAGGCGGCAGCGGCGGCCCCUGCCCGGCCGAGAUGGCGCCGCACAAGCAGGAGCAGGCGGGGUCCGAGGCGAAGGGGCCCAAGGCGGCGGCGGCGGCGGCGGAGGAUGGCGAGGCGGCCGGGGCCAAGGGGCUGCAGGGGGCCGGGCCGGGCUUCCAGCCUCCCGAAGGAGGCUUCGGCUGGGUCGUGGUCUUCGCCGCCACCUGGUGCAACGGGUCCAUCUUCGGCAUCCAGAACUCCUUCGGGAUCCUCUACGUGAUGCUGCAGGGCGACCUGGGCGGCGGCGAGAAGGACCCCACGCUGGAGUUCAAAACAGCGCUGGUCGGAGCUCUGGCCAUGGGGAUGAUUUUCUUCUGCUCGCCUAUUGUGAGUAUCUUCACCGACCGGAUUGGCUGCAGGAUGACAGCAGCCUCGGGGGCAGCCAUCGCUUUUAUUGGACUCCUUUCCAGCUCUUUUACAAAGUCCCUUGAAGUCCGCUAUUUCACCUAUGGAAUCCUCUUUGGAUGCGGCAGUUCCUUUGCUUUCCAGCCCUCUCUAGUCAUCCUUGGCCACUACUUCAAACGCCGUCUAGGCUUGGCGAAUGGCAUCGUGGCCGGAGGGAGCUGCCUCUUCUCAAUGUCCCUUCCCUUCUUUUUGAAAACAAUCGGGAGCACCAUCGGGCUAGCUCACACUUUCCAAGUCCUCAGUGCCUUUAUGUUCAUCCAGAUUCUCUUGUCUCUGACUUUCCGGCCCAUCUUGCCACCAUCUUGUGACUCUUACCAUGAUAGGCAAGAUAAACUGGCCAGCCGGAACAUGAAACAGCAGUGCGGGUCUCAGAUGCGGAAGUAUUUCAACAUGAGGGUUUUCCGGAGACAGACAUACCGAAUUUGGGCUUUUGGGAUUGCGACAGCUGUCCUGGGAUACUUUGUACCUUACGUGCAUCUGAUAAAGUAUGUGGAGGAGGAGUUUAAGGAAAAUGAAAAAGAAUGGAUUCUCUUGGUUUGCCUUGGAGCCACGUCAGGGCUUGGGCGCUUGGUUUCUGGACGGAUUGGUGACUGCAUUCCUGGACUGAAAAAGAUUUUCUUGCAGGUUGCCUCUUUCAUGCUUCUGGGCCUCAUGUGCAUGAUGAUCCCUCAGUGCCAAGCAUUUGAGGGGGUCAUUGUCGUCUGCCUCUUUCUGGGACUUUGUGAUGGAUUCUUUAUAACCAUCAUGGCCCCCAUAGCCUUUGAACUGGUUGGACCCAUGCAAGCUUCUCAAGCCAUUGGCUAUCUCCUGGGACUUAUGGCCAUUCCAAUGACAGCUGGCCCACCAAUAGCAGGAUACCUCCAUGAUUAUUUUGGGAAUUACUACUUAGCCUUUUACUUAGCUGGAGUUCCCCCAAUUAUUGGGGGUUUGGUCCUGUCUGUUGUUCCUCUGAUCCAUCGAAGAAUGCUCAAGAAGCAGCAGAUGGAUUCUGGCAAAGACAAGAUGUUGGUUUCAGAGACUGUCAUGAACGGUGAGCUUCUUCCAGGCUGUCCAGCCACUGAGGCGCAUAGAUAAAGCCUUUCCCCAUGCAGCCAUCCACACCCAGACACACACAUACACACGUUAUCACCACCAGCAUCUUCUUGCUUGACUGAGCACAGGCCCUUUUCUAAAAGGAGCAGGACCCUCCCAGAUUGCAGAUGAGCAGCACCAAAUACAUAAAGAAGAGAGUUCUCCUUGUUCAAGCAUUAGCUAUUUUUCAGGAUGUUUUGAUUUGAAAGUUGUGUCUUUCACCAGCACUUUUCUAAAGAGAAUUCUCACUAGAGCUCUAACUCCACUUCCCUCCCCCCCAAUUUUCUGUUUGUCACAGCAAUGGUUUACAGUUAAACGCCUUUAAAACAGGCUGUACAUGGAGCUUGUUAACCCUUUUGAUUUUAGUUUCAGAUCUAUCCCAUCACACAGCGGUGUCAGUGCUGCUUAGAUGAUGCCUUGGAAUGGGAUUCCAUUCCAUGCCACCUCAGUUUAAUCUGCAGUUAACAAAUUCUGACUGUUUUUUGAUCCCAUGUGAAGGCAAAAGAAUUCCAGUGGGAGUAAUCUUUGUAUCUUUUGUGAGAUGCUCUGUCUCUCCCUAUCCUUCAAAGAAUCUAUCUUUGAAGCUGUCAGCAUGCUUUUAUGGACCAUCAGUGAACCUCGGUAGUAUGGUCUGUCAGCAGACUCAAAUUCCUGCCAUUCGCCCCUUGAUGUCCCAUAUUAAUGUACACCAAGAAGGGAACAGCCGCUUACUAUAAAAUCUUAUCCCAAAUUGGCUGUAGACAGUGAAGGUAAGUUAACACAUUGGCUACUUCAGAUGUGAGUUUCACUGGUCUCAACACUCCUGUCUUUCCAUCUGUUCUUGGAGUAUGCUGCAUUGCAGUGGAAGAAUGCUUAUGACCACUUGCUGUGACUCACAGUGUGUUACUGGUCCCCACCAAAGGUUUAGGGCUUUGGGUCACUGCAGAAAAAAGAGAGGGGGGCUGACAAAACAGAAGGGAAGAAAAGGAUGUAAAAAAAGAAUGAUUGGCUUUGUGCAGCUACUAUGGAUGGCCAAUUCCAUCCAUUCAAAUUUACUGCUCUGAAAGCCAGGAAUCUGUACCAUUUUCCCAGUGGCUCAAUUUGUCAUUCGUCUCCAUUUUCUUGACCAGUAACUAAAUUAGUAGGCUUCCAAGCCAUCCAUUGCAAGGAGAAUUAACAGAGGCUAAUUUAGGAUGCUGUAAUCCAUUAAAAUACUAAAUUUGCAAGGCAAUGAAAUUACUAGCAUUGAAUCCUCCAAGAGGAAGAGUUAGUUGGAGCUGAGUCCUCAUGUUUACACAAGUCAGCAUUGGCCUGAGCCAUUCCAGUUGGUUAACUCCUCGUUUAGUAUUAUUUUUGUAACUACAUUGCAGUAUGUGGGUUAGUUUUCACUCAGAAUUCUGAAUCCCCUAGCGUACCUGUAGGGCUGUCAAAACAUGUGCUGUGUAAGCAGAGGGGUAAUGCACAGUUGUGCAGAUGAACUCACAUGUGCCUGUUCUGUGUUACUCAACAAUAAUCAACAUGUCAGUCUUACAGGAGCUGUGGGAAAAGACCAAACUUUUUUAAAAACAAAAAUUGGUCUGUUGCAGUAUUUAACUCUGUGCCCAUGCAGGAGCCCUGCAAUGGGCCAGAGUGAGAGGUCAGUUUGGGAGGGGCGGGGAUUGUGCAAAGGCCGACAGAUGAGCUGACUGGGUGUCCUUCUAAGUGAUUUGCAUUGUGAGAGAGAAGCGUUUUCUCGUAGUGCCACUGAUGCAAUAUGUGGCUUUUAUUCUCUGACUGUGCAUUUGUGUGCUGUGAACGGCUCUGUGCUUGAUGUAGGAAGAGUAGUGUCAGCUAUUCAGCGGGAUCGUUGCAAAUCAAAAUCGCCCGUAAGGCCUUGGUGACCUCCUAUGAGCUAGCAGAGAGAAAGCAAGUUCUGUAGAACUUGCUAACUCUGGGGUUGCACUGCAUCUAGUUCAUAGAAUCAAAGACUUCAGUACAUCUUGCUCUUGGAAAGAACGUGCAAUAAAAAUAAAUUCAGCAGAAGCAAAUUCACAGCAUGGAAUGAAGGCAAAACUCAUCACUGCACAGAAGCUAGUUAUCACCAGGGCAGAGUUGGCAAAUACAAUAUAGGGCCGAAGAGAAAGGGAGCUUCCCUGACGCCAUGGUUAUGAAUCCAGUAAGCUGCUUGUUAACCAAGAGAAAUGAGGUUCCCUGCGGAUCUAUCUCCAGUGGGAGCCCUGAAUAUCUGCUAAGAAAUUUGAGUCACAGAUGGUUUUUCUAGGUAUCUAUAUUGGAGAUAAGUCAGUGGGGGAGUGGGGAUAUUGUUGGCCAAAAAUGGAGAAAUUGUGUCCUAGAUGUGAAGUGAUCAUACAUCUACAAACAUUUUUUACAAGCCAUGAACUUUAAAAAAAAAAAAUUGCUACCAUUAAAAAUGUUAGAGCAAAAAUGUAACAGAUGGACAUACUAUGGUAGCCUUUCUUUGUUCUCAUUGUGAGUGAAGAGGUCUGUAAGCUUAAGACAAAACACUGAACCAUAGACUUAUCCCCAGUCUAUGCCUACAAAUCCUGUUGACGUUUGCACUGGUGGGAGUUUGGCGCAUGGAUUGAGGGUUCAAUAUGCCCCUUUUGCUUUUACAGCAUUGCCUGUAUAAGCUAAGGUCUUGUGUUCUGACCUUUUGUAAAUUUCAGGCCCUGUAAUAUCUGGAGAACUAAAUGGUAUUUUGUAGCACUUGUAACUUAACCCAAACAAGAUGUGUGUCUUUUUUUUCCCCUGUCCUCAAAAGAUAUGCAUGCUUUUCUUUGACCUUAUUUACUGUUACUCAAUUCACAUAGUCUAACAUACGAAGCAAAUUGCUAAACCGGUUUCUUAUUUUGUGGCAUCUAUGCCAGGAAGCAGGCGACCCAGCAAGAUUGGGCACAUAUCAGAGCCUGGGAAGAUUGCAUCACCUGGAUAGAUGCUUGUUGAACAGGCUUGUAUUUCAUAUCAGUGCCUUGAUAUGGGCCAGACUGUGAUGCCUUUGUUCUACUAAUAGUCCCAUCGACUUAAGAGGGAUUUCACACUGGGAAUUUCUUUAUUACAUUGAAGUCAAAAGGACCAUUGGCAGAGUAAGAGCAUCACAGUCUGACCAUAAAUCUCUGUAUUUAGGAGAAGAAGCGAAGAUGACUUUCCAUUUCAAAUCCCUUCAUGUCCUGCGGGGGGAAUGGGGGGAGAGUGUGUGUAUGUAUGUAUGCCCUGUGGGGGGGUGUUAUGGGUGCGUGUGUGCGUGCAUGCGUGAUGUCUGCGUUAGCUGAGGGUUUUUUUAGCUUAUUCUCAAUUUUGAGGCUUUGCUAUGGAGAGGUGGAAGGG